UGUGAUCGCAAUGGCGCAAACACACGUGUUUUCCACGAGUGUCGUUUCUUCUUUCAUUUUGAAUUUUCGUCGGUGUCGUUCGGAGUUGAAUUUACUGUGGUAAAAUUUAAAGUAUAUAAAGUGUUUUAAAUUAGUGGAAACAUUUUUGUUACAUGGACUGAUAUAUCGCAGUAAAAAAUGUUUGUUUUAUAUGAAACGCCGGCGGGUUACGCAAUUUUUAAGUUAUUAGAUGAAAAGAAACUUUCUGAAGUAGAUAACCUAUAUCUGGAGUUUCAAACGCCUGAAAAAGCCAAUAAAUUGCUGAAAUUGAAACAUUUUGAGAAAUUCAAUGAUACCACAGAAGCAUUGGCAGCUGCCACGGCUGCAGUGGAGGGCAAAAUGUCUAAACCACUUAAAAAGACAUUGAAAAAAUUAUUCAGCGACGAAGUACAAUCGUCUUUAUUGGUCGCAGAUGCUAAAUUGGGUAAUGCCAUCAAAGAUAAAUUGGCCGUGCCAUGUGUCUAUAAUACUGGUGUGCAAGAAUUAAUGAGAUGCAUACGUCAACAGGCUGAUAGUUUGCUAAGCGGCCUACCAAAACGCGAGAUGACAGCUAUGGCACUAGGCUUGGCGCACUCCUUGUCUCGCUAUAAAUUGAAAUUUUCACCUGAUAAAAUCGACACAAUGAUUGUGCAAGCUCAAUGUCUACUCGAUGAUUUGGAUAAGGAGCUAAAUAAUUAUAUGAUGCGUGCUCGUGAAUGGUACGGUUGGCAUUUUCCAGAACUUGGAAAGCUUAUUACUGACAAUAUUGCGUUUGUGAAAACUAUUAAAUUAGUAGGCACUCGCGAAAAUAUGGGUCAUACUGACCUUUCUGAUAUUCUACCAGAGGAAGUAGAAGAGAAGGUAAAGGAAGCUGCUGAAAUUUCUAUGGGAACUGAAAUCUCUGAAGAAGAUAUUAUGAAUAUACAAUGCCUGUGCGAUGAAAUUCUUUCGAUUAAUGAAUAUAGAACGCAUCUAUACGAUUACUUGAAGACGCGUAUGAUGGCAAUGGCACCUAAUUUAACAGUGCUUGUUGGUGAAACUGUAGGAGCACGUUUAAUCGCACACGCUGGAUCGCUCAUUAAUCUGGCGAAACAUCCAUCUUCUACUGUACAAAUUUUGGGUGCGGAAAAAGCGUUAUUCCGUGCGCUGAAAACUAAAAAAGAUACACCAAAAUACGGUUUAAUUUUCCAUGCUCAACUGGUGGGACAGGCCAGUUUAAAAAACAAAGGUAAAAUGUCCAGAUCACUUGCUGCAAAGGCAUCUCUUGCCACACGCGUUGACGCUUUUGGGGAAGAGGCAAGUUGUGAACUUGGAGCGACACAUAAAGUAAAACUGGAAGCUCGUCUCCGA